AUGCAUAGGGACCCAGCUGAAAUUGAGUACGCCUAUCACCCCCAGACUGAUGGGCAAUCGGAGAGGAUUAUUCAAAUGCUUGAAGAUAUGUUAAGAUCAUAUGCCCUUGAUUUUGGAGGAAAUUGGGAGGAGCAUCUGCCAUUGAAAAGCAUUCCUGAACCCUAUGAACAGUACCUUAACGCUUCUGAACCAACAAGAUGCGAGGAAGCGAACAAGGUUGGUUGUGCUACAUUCAUGCUUCAGGAUGAGGUUGAUCAAUGGUGGAAAACCAUGCAAAGGACCCAGCAAGAUCCUGAAGGGAAAGGUACGCCUGGUGUUACAUGGGUGCAAUUUAAGGAACUUUUCAAUACUAAAUAUUUUCCCUUAUGUAAGAAGUUGGAAAAAGGCCGGGAAUUUAUGAACCUAAAACAGACUGGGGACAUGUCCGUCACCCAGUAUGAAGAUAGUUUUACUCGGUUGAUCAAGUAUAUGCCCAUUUACAAUUUGGAUGAGGCAAAGGCCCAGAAAUUUCUUAGUGGACUGAAGUUGGAAAUUCAGCUGGCAUUGAGCUCUUUGGGAGCCCGCACAUAUGUUGAAGUGGUCCUACAAGCCCUAACUGUGGAAAGCAACCUCCACCGAAUGAACACCUUGAAAACAGAAUUUCGGGAACCUAAGGACAAGAAACAUGGGAAAAAGCAUGAUCUUGGGGUUCGAGGAGAAAAUUUCAAACACAAAGAGAACUGUCCCAGAUGUCAAAAGUUCCAUCCCGGGAAACCUUGUGAUCGAGGGAAUCAAAAAUGUUAUACUUGUGGAGGAAAGGACCACAUGUCUCGGGAUUGCCCCAAAGGACCCGUGUGA